AUGGUCUUGGAGACUGACCGCCUUCCAAGUAUUGUAUCAGAGUUUCUGCGGUAUUCUGACACACUUCGCAAUCUUAUCCAGAAAGCGACAUGGGAAAUUAUGGAGGAUAUCAAAUUAAUGCUAUAUGAUUAUGAGAGUAAGGAUCCUCUUACUUAUUCCUGGGAGGCUAGUUCUCAUACUCUCCUAGUUGCUCGAUGGCUGGGAAGCGAUCAGAUGAGCCACCAGUAUCAGUACCAUGAUGAGCUCCGAACUGUCCGAGCUGACCAGGCCUGCAAAUAUUUGCUGGAGACAUCCAGUUUUGUUAAUUGGUACGACGCUAUCGACAAUUCUCAGCAGUUGGUUUUAGUCGGCGAUAUGGGCUGUGGCAAAACUGUCGCCAUGUCGUUUCUGGUAGAUAUACUAAAGAUCAGAAAUCAAGGACGACUACCCGAACCAAAGCUAUGCUAUUACUAUUGUCGAGACGAUAAAACCGGGAAGGGAACAUCCAUACUUUCUGCACUGAUUUUAUCGCUACUUGAGCAACUUCCAGGCCUGAAAAAGCCAUUUUUCGAGUGGUACAAACAAGCUCAAGCAGCUGGAACUUUCGAUCUGGCAGCUAGUAUUACAGAACUGGGAGAGUAUCUUGAGAGGCUACUUGAAAUGAUUGACCGGCCCAUUUAUUUUGUGAUUGAUGGUCUGGACGAGUGCGAUAGAGCGUCUCGCGGUAGACUUCUGCGCCCGGGGCUUAAAAUCUUGCUUUCUACUCGUCCCGAACAAGCGAUAUUGCAGCAACUGGGAGAGGCCGCUUGGAUUGAGCUUGAUCCCGACGCUGAGCGCGAUGCCAUAGUGGCAGAUAAGAUGAUUGAGAAUCAACUAUCGUAUCUUUCGCCGAAUGUCAAAGUACUCGUCCGCGAUCAGUUGUCUCGCUUAGCGCAAGGCAGCGCCAUAUGGACGAAGAUGAUUGUCGAGCUUAUUGAAGUCCGCAAAAUCAGCGCAAUUGAUCCUAUGCGACGCUUCAUGCAAGAUAUUCCACUACCAAAGCAGCUGACAAGCCUCUACGCGACGCUAUUUUCUCGCUCUACCUCAGACGAUCCAGAAAAUCAGCAACUUGCCAGUACAGCACUGAAACUUCUUGCUGUCACACAUAGACCUUUCAGCAUACUCGAGUUAGCCUGGGCCGUAACGCUGGAUUUUACUCCUGUUACCACUGUGAAUGAUCUUGCUUGUCUGGUGGAUCACCAAAGAAUCAUGUCUCUCAUCCAUCCAUUCAUUGCACGCGUCGAUUUAAAGGAUGUGAGGGCACGCCAAGUUCGUCUAGUGCAUCAAUCAGUCAAGGAGUUCGUAUUGGAGAAUUCUGAUCUGCCUCUCACGCAAGGUGGCCCUGUCAGAAAGCCCAGUCAAAUGGUCACUGAGCAGCGAUUAGAAGAUCUAAAUGCUUUUAUCUUCGAUAUUUGCAUUAGAUACCUCCUCUUAGAUGAAAUUGGCCAGCGCAGCCUCUUUUCUGAAGAGCAGAUGGCGAUUGCAGAAUUACCUCAAGAUGACGAUCUGUUCGACGAAAACAAAGAACCAGUUCAAUACGACCGAUAUUGCACGUGGGAAUCUUGGGAGGAGAACAUGAUCCAUUACGAUCCAACUGAGCGUGGCUUUGGUGAGUUCUUCGUGUAUGCAUCAUGCCACUGGCUGGAGUAUUUUGGCUCUAUUACGGCCAACUGUCUUCCAAGACUAGAGAGCAUAGAGGAUCUAUGCCGAGCAGGCUCGACUCGGCUUCAGAAUUGGAUACAACAAAACUGUCGACCAGAUUGUGCGAUCUCACCCAGGUUUGAGUUCGAAAGCAGUCUAUAUGAUCCACUUAGCAUAACUUGCUUAUAUGGUUCAGAGGCCAUGCUGCGUGUUAUGCUUGAAAAAUCGGACUUUGACAAUGAACGAUUCCUUCGGAACCCGGCGAUGGGCGCCGCUGAUCAGAUACUCCGAUGGGGAGAUAUAACGAGACUCAGGAUACUGUUUCUGGAUGAGACAUUAGGACAUGAGUUACAGAACGUUGGCUUUUUCCGACUUGUCAUCAUCAGAUGGUCUGACUGUAUUAUAAGUCAGCAAGACUGGACUCCUGUAUUCAGCCUUAUUGACUAUAUGCCGGAAGGGUCGGUCCAGGGAGAGUGGCGGAAUGAAAUCUUGACUCUUGCUGCCAACUAUCGAUGUACACCCAUGAUCCAGCGGAUGGAAACCCCUCAACUCAGCGCAGACUCCUGA